CUGCCUAUCACGUGCGUCUACUCUCUAGUGUUUGUCCCAGCCACCAACGUGAUCGGUUCCAACUCGCACCUCGACGGCUCUCUGUUGCCGUGCACCGCCCCAGCCAUGGCAGACGAUAACCCAAUCGUGUUCUUCGAUGUUACUUUAGGAGGGGAGAAGCUGGGAAGAAUCCAGAUUGAGUUGUUCAGCAAUGUUGUGCCCAAGACAGCGGAGAAUUUUCGACAGUUUUGCACUGGCGAGACGAAGGGGAGUCGGGGACUGCCGCAGGGAUACAAAGGCUGCAAGUUCCAUCGUGUGAUCAAAGGAUUCAUGAUCCAGGGUGGAGACUUUAUCAACGGCAACGGCACUGGUUCCAGGACCAUAUACGGGACUGAGAAGUUUGCUGACGAGAACUUCAUUCUCAAACAUGACAAGCCUGGUCUGCUAUCCAUGGCAAACUCUGGUCCAAACACCAAUGGCUGUCAAUUCUUCAUCAUUACCGCAAAAACUGGCACACCCCAUUUGGACGGCAAGCACGUCGUCUUCGGCAAUGUAAUCGAGGGUAUGGACGUCGUUACCAAGAUCGAGAACACGCGGACGUUGGCGAACCCAGAAGGAAAGCCGAUGCAGGAUAUUAUGAUUUCACAGUGCGGGGAGAUGUGAGUCUGCUGGACACGUUCACAAAUAGUGGAUAAGAGGCUCGUUUGCUUGGGAGAGUGGAGAGAAGAAACAAAAGGAUGGUCAGUGAAGAUGGUCCCAAGCAUAUGCGCUGUCGCUGUCAGAGGCACACAAAGCUCAGUCAUGGCGGAAGGAUUAGACGGGAUCAUACAUCCAGCGCGUAGAGGAGCCUAAGAACAAAACUCGGUGGAGAGAGCACAACCAGACGGAAGCAACUCACAAUGACCCCCUUUCAACAUCAUACCUGCGUGAACCAAUCAUUGCUUCGUUCACGUGACGCUGCUUAGCUCUCCCAACUUUUCAGUGGAGCCACACG